UCUAUAUAGAUCUAUAAGCGCGAGAUGCGGGAAGGGGGCAUGUCCUUUCUCUGUCACCUGUAAGGAUUGAAGGGGGCAACAGAGCUGAAGAGAAUACUUGUUUUCCAAAACUGCUGCAGCGUAAAGAACAGAAUAUUUCCUUUACUCUGAAGCAAGUGUCUGAAGGUGGUGGGGAUUUAGUAACCUCAACAGCUCAAGAAAGUGGAGAAGGUAGAGAAUGGAGUUGCAGACUCUACAGGAGGCUCUGAAAGUGGAAAUUCAGGUUCACCAGAAACUGGUUGCCCAAAUGAAGCAGGAUCCACAGAAUGCUGAUCUGAAGAAGCAGCUUCAUGAACUCCAAGCCAAAAUCACAGCUUUGAGUGAGAAACAGAAAAGGGUGGUUGAACAGCUGCGGAAGAAUUUGAUGGUAAAGCAGGAACAGCCGGACAGUAAGUUUCAAAUACAACCAUUGGCACAGUCAGAAAAUAAAAUACAAACUCCACAGCCACUACAGCUACAGCAGCAGCAAACUACCACAGCCUCUCCAAACCUGCUUGGAUCACAGAAGACGGUAACUACAGCUUCUAUGAUCACCACUAAGACACUACCUCUUGUCCUGAAAGCAGCAACAGCAACCAUGCCUGCCUCCGUUGUGGGUCCAAGACCUACAAUUGCCAUGGUGACUGCCAUCAAUAGCAACCAGAAAACUGUCCUUAGCACUGAUGCACAGAACACGCCAGUCAACCUCCAGACAACAAAUAAAGUCACUGGUCCAGGAACAGAGGCAGUUCAAAUAGUGGCAAAAAAUACAGUCACAUUGCAGGUUCAAGCUACACCUCCUCAGCCCAUCAAAGUGCCACAGUUCAUCCCUCCUCCCAGACUCACACCUCGUCCAAAUUUUCUUCCACAGGUUCGACCUAAACCUGUUGCCCAGAACAACAUUCCUAUCGCCCCAGCCCCACCUCCUCCUAUGCUCGCUGCUCCUCAGCUCAUUCAGAGGCCUGUGAUGCUGACAACAAAAUUCACACCCACCUCCUUACCUUCCUCUCAGAAUUCCAUACACCCAGUCCGUGUAGUGAAUGGGCAAACAGCAACCAUAGCCAAAACUUUUCCAAUGGCACAACUCACCAGCAUUGUUAUAGCAGCCCCAGGUACCAGGCUUGCUGGACCUCAGACUCUACAAAUCAGCAAACCAAAUGUUGAGAAACAGACUAUCAAACCCCAAGCGGAAACAGAGGAGAAGCCAACAGAGAUUCAUACAGUUGCUCCUCCUGCACCACCCAAACCAAAACGAGAAGAAAACCCACAGAAACUUGCUUUCAUGGUGUCUCUUGGACUGGUUACACAUGACCAUCUAGAAGAAAUACAAAGUAAGCGGCAAGAAAGGAAACGAAGGACAACAGCAAAUCCAGUGUACAGCGGAGCUGUCUUUGAGCCUGAGCGCAAGAAGAGCGCAGUCACAUACCUGAACAGCACAAUGCAUCCUGGGACACGUAAACGAGGUCGUCCACCUAAAUACAACACGGUGCUGGGGUUUGGGGCUCUGACCCCCACAUCCCCUCUGUCCAGUCAUCCUGACUCCCCUGAAAAUGAAAAGACAGAGACCACAUUUUCUUUCCCCGCAACUGUUCAUCCUGUGUCCCUGCCCAGCCCCAGCUCCACAGACGGUGAUAUCCAUGAAGAUUUUUGCAGUGUUUGCAGGAAAAGUGGGCAGUUGCUGAUGUGUGACACGUGCUCACGUGUGUAUCACUUGGACUGUCUGGACCCACCUCUGAAAACUAUUCCCAAGGGCAUGUGGAUCUGUCCCAAAUGUCAAGACCAGAUGCUUAAGAAAGAAGAAGCAAUCCCGUGGCCAGGAACUUUAGCAAUUGUUCAUUCAUAUAUUGCAUAUAAAGCAGCAAAAGAAGAGGAAAAACAGAAAUUACUGAAAUGGAGUUCAGAUUUAAAACAGGAAAGGGAGCAACUAGAACAGAAAGUCAAACAGCUCAGCAAUUCUAUAACAAAAUGUAUGGAAAUGAAGAACACCAUCCUGGCAAAACAGAAGGAAAUGCACAGUUCAUUGGAGAAGGUAAAACAGUUAAUUCGCCUCAUCCAGGGCAUCAACCUUUCAAAACCCAUAAACUCUGAGGGCAGUUCCGUCGCCAUCUCCAAUGGCAUGGACUCCACCAAUAACGCGAAGGCUGCCACCUCCACCCCAGCCUCUUCCCCCUCCCAGAGCUGCAUGGUGAACUGUACCAAGGGCGACGAGACUAAAUAACAUAGCACAGGAAGAAGGAGCCGGGGGAGAUGGCGGCAAGGCAGAAGAGCAAAAAAACUCUAGAAAAGAAAAGCUGGAUUUCUUCUGGAAAACGCAGAACUCUUUGGUUCCAGAAAGAGUGCGAAGAGGCUUGUGCCAGGCGGCACCAGAGUUGCCAAUCAAUCCUCCUUAUUCUGUGUGUACGUGCAAAGUUUGGACCAUGUUACAUGAAUAGUGCCAGCUGGAGGUUCUUUGCCAGCACCAUGCCAAGUUAAAUAAUAUAUUUACUCUCUCUCUCUCUCUCUUUCUCUCUUUUACACCAGUGUGUGCCUGCAGCAGCCUCCACAGCCACUCUAGGUUUGUUUUGUUUUUGUUUUCAUUUGGGGGUGGGGAGCAGGGAGGAGGAGCAGGUUUCAAAUCUUAUCUGCAGACCAGUUUGUUUAGCUAAGGAAACUUCAAGUCCAAAGAGCCUGUAGGCUUUUCCUGUUUCUGAAUUCUCCGUACUACUAAACCAAAAAUCCAGAAAUAUGAAUUAACAUGUCCUAGGGUCCAGAGGGGUGGGGUGGUGGGAGUGGGGACCAAGCCUAUCCAAUAAGCAGUAUUCACUAUUGUUUUGACAGGAGAGACAAAAAGGAAUGGGGAAGGGUUUUUCACUAAGUAUCUAGUGCACACUCAGGCUGGGGAUUACUAGAUUGGCAGCUUUGGGUUUAUCCUCUCCCCCCCCCAAUAGACAAGUGAAAUUCAUUCCUGGUUUGGGCAUCACAUUGGCCCAGGAAGCUUUUGCUGAGGAAGAGGAGAAGGGAGGGGGACUAAUAUAAUCAGCCUGGGGUUUCAGAAAAGCGGGUCACGACUGAAAUGAAAAUUCCAACUUUUUUUUUUGGUACACUUGUCAAGCAAAAGCGAUAUUCCAAACAGUACAGCACAUGUCCCAAACAUAUGGCCCAAAUAGUUAAAAAAAA